AUGAAGCUGCUGGACGAGCGCAUCUGCUCGCUGUUCAAGCGUCACUGGAGGCAGACUCUCACCUACUGGAGCGUGUUCUUCAGCUUCGGCCUGUGCAUCGCCUUCCUGGGACCCACCAUCCUGGACCUGAGGUGUCAGACCCAGUCCACCCUGCAGCAGAUCACCUGGGUCUUCUUCUCCCAGCAGCUCUUCCUGCUGGUGGGCUCCAGCGUGGGAGGACUCUUCAAGAAAACACUACUGUCCUCCCUGGCUGCUCUCUUGUCCUCCACGCUCAUCAUCUCGCUCGUGUUUGCCAUCAUACCGUUAUGUCACCACGUGGUGCUGUUGGCCAUCACCAUGGCGCUUGCUGGCAAAGCCAUGGGGGUGAUUGACACCAUCGCCAACCGGCAGCUGGUGAAGCUGUAUCAGAAGGACUCGGCCAUCUUCCUGCAGGCUUUGCAUUUCUUCAUUGGCCUGGGAGCACUGGUCAGUCCCCUGGUGGCUGAUCCGUUCCUGGCAGAUGACAACUGUGUUCAUGCGACCAACUGGACCUCCAACUCGUCCUCCUCAUCAGACCUAGAGCACCUCCGCAGCAGCCUCUCCGGCCAUGCAACCACACUGCACAACAUCUCCCAGUAUCCUCUGUACACUGAGGGUGUCGUCGUCACUAGGGUGUCCUAUGCUUUCUGGAUCAUGGCUCUUAUCAAUCUUCCUGUCCCUGCAGUAGUGCUCGCUCUCAUGUACCACGAGAGAUUGCUGCCAUGCUUCAACAACAGUCCACGUCUGCUGGAUAAGGACUCGCUGCCUGACACGAGUCCCACCCAGGACAGUGGCCAAGGACACGUGAGCUGGUUUGGCUGCUGCAACCCUGCUACACUCCGGGGCCGCCCUGCUACUUUCUUCAUCCUACAUGCUCUAGGCGGAGCCAUCCUUUUCAUCACCGAUGGGAUCAUAGGCUCAUACGCUGGUUUCAUCUACACCUACGCCAUCUCCCCUCCUCUGCUGAUGGGCCAUAAGACUGCUGGCUAUCUGAACAGCAUAUUUUGGGCCUCAAUCACAGCAGGAAGACUGGCUUUCAUCUACCUGUCCUACAAAUACACAGCACCCACGCUGCUCACCUUCAGUCUGCUGGGAGUCAUACUGGUGCAAUGCCUGUUGAUGAUCUUCUACAAAAGCUCAGUGUUUCUCUUCAUCGGUACUUGUGUGUUGGGACUCUGCAUUAGCAGCGUGUUUCCCUCCAUGCUUGCUUUUACAGAGGACAUCAUGGACUACAAAGGUUGUGUCACAACUGUCCUGGUGACCAGUGCCAGCACAGGAGAGAUGAUGCUGCAGUUGAUCGUGGGAUCGAUGAUCCAAAUUCACGGCAGCUACGCUUUCCUGUUGUGUGGUACAAUAUCCUCCAUCCUCGGCUUCUGCCUUUUCCUGCUGCUCAUAUAUGUCCAGUCCAUCUACAGAAACUGCAGCACAGAAUCAUCUUCAAACAUGAACAUGAAAGAGAAGCCACCGACAGAAGGCUCGUGA